CUCCAUGUCCUUUCUUCCCUCACAGUUUUACCCUAUUUCUCUGCCAUCACGCAAUUUUCCCCUUUCCCCUUUUUGUGGGUUUCAACUUAUUCUUCAUAAAGUCGACAUUUUUAUAACUCAUAACCCAUAAGUAUUUGCUUGCUUCCUCUGUUUCUUGUCUCUUUGGGUUAUCUCAGAUUCUGAGAAAAAAAAAUCUGUCUCUUUCCAUGGCUCCUCAUCUUCUUCCUCUUCUUCUCCUUACUCUUUUCGUUCUUGCUUCAGCUUCUUCCCCCUCUGCUCCAGCUGAUGAAGGUGCAUAUAUUGGAGUAAACAUAGGCACUGAUCUUUCUGACAUGCCACAUCCGACACAAGUUGUUGCUCUCCUAAAAGCUCAGCAAAUCCGACAUAUCCGCUUAUACGACGCUGAUCCAGGGAUGCUAAUAGCUCUAGCAAACUCAGGGAUCAAAGUCAUUAUCACAAUCCCUAACGACCAGCUUCUCGGCAUUGGUCAGUCCAACUCAACCGCAGCCAAUUGGGUUAAACGCAACGUCAUCGCUCAUUACCCCGCGACCACUAUCACCGCAAUUUCUGUCGGCACCGAGGUCCUAACCAGUCUCCCAAACGCAGCACCUCUACUAGUCAGCGCCAUUAAAAACAUUCACUCCGCUUUGCUCUCCUCGAAUCUCGACCGUUUGAUCAAAGUCUCUACUCCUCUAUCCACUUCCUUGAUCCUCGACCCUUUCCCUCCCUCCCAAGCCUUCUUUAACCGGUCUUUAAACCCGGUUAUCGUCCCGUUACUCAGCUUCCUCCAGUCAACGAACUCAUACCUAAUGAUCAACAUCUAUCCCUACUACGACUACAUGCAAUCAAACGGCGUGAUUCCUCUAGACUACGCCCUCUUCAAACCCAUCCCUCCGAACAAAGAAGCCGUCGACGCAAACACUCUCGUCCACUACUCAAACGCCUUCGACGCGAUGGUGGACGCUACUUACUUCGCCAUGGCGUUCCUCAACUUCACGAACAUCCCCGUUCUCGUAACCGAGUCGGGCUGGCCUUCGAAAGGCGAAACCAACGAGCCCGACGCCACGCUAGACAACGCCAACACGUACAACAGCAACCUCAUAAGACACGUCCUCAACAAGACCGGGACUCCCAAGCGUCCCGGAAUCGCCGUGAGCACUUACAUAUACGAGCUUUACAAUGAGGACACGAAGGCGGGGUCUUUGUCGGAGAAGAGCUGGGGUCUGUUUAACGCUAACGGUGACCCGGUUUACGUACUGAGGCUGACUAACUCGGGGUCGGUUCUGUCGAAUGAUACGACGAACCAGACGUACUGUACUGCGAGAGAAGGUGCUGAUCCGAAGAUGCUUCAGGCUGCUCUUGAUUGGGCCUGUGGGCCUGGGAAGAUUGAUUGUUCGCCUAUCAAGCAAGGAGAGGCUUGUUAUGACCCUGAUAAUGUGGUUGCUCAUGCUAACUAUGCGUUUGAUACUUAUUAUCAUCAGACUGGGAAUAAUCCCGAAGCUUGCAACUUCAAUGGUGUUGCUAGUAUCACCACUACAGAUCCGAGUCAUGGUUCAUGUGUGUUUGAAGGAAGCCGCGGUGGUGGUAAGAACGGGACCUCUGUGAACAUAACGGCACCAUCAGCGAAUUCAACGAGCUCUGGAGUGGGGAGUGAUUUGUAUUACAGUCGGGGAAUGUGGAGCGUUUUUACUGUGAUUUUGAACCUUGUUGCUUUCUUGUAAGAGAAUCUUUCGGACAUUGAGCUUUUUUAACUUGUUAGGUUGGGAAUUGGAGUUAAGAUUUGUGUUGGAUUCAAUUUUGUACACAACGAAAAACCAAAAAAAAAAAAACAUUUUUAAUGGUC